AAAAAAAGAAAUCCCCUGUUCAGUUCACCGGCACGAGCAAGUUUUACAUGUGGCUGCGAAGCGCUCAUUCAAAAAGACGGAUUUAUUUCACAUCGAAUUAGAUAGUCGUAAAUAGCGUUUUUCACGUAGUCACUUUAUUUUGAACACAUUGCAGCUUUUUUGAGGGGAUAUUGUUCAUAAUCAGUUUUUUCUUUUUCCAGUAUCCCGCGCGCGGUAUCGUAACUGUCUGUGCGCGCGGUAAUUAGCUUACUGGCUAGGAAGCACUAUCUUCACAGGACUGAAAACUGCAACGUGUGGAUGUACUCCUGCUCAUCUGCAGUUACAGUUGCACAAUGGCUGUCUGUUCACUCUGCUUGAUAGCUCAGCACCAAAGAAAAAUCAACAAAUCUAGUACAAUUACAGGAUAGCAAUAAGCCCACACUAUACCUCUGUUUACCUUAAUUGUUUUCUGGUCACUGCCAGAUAAACACGUUACAAGUUUGCACUGCUAAAUCUCAGAAAUCCUGUUUAAACAGGUGGCCCUAAAGAGAAUUUAAUUAUUUAUUUUACCACUUACCUCUUUAUUUUACUAGCUGCUAUUUAGCAAUAGCAUUAUAUAAAUAGCUAUUUUGACAGGCAUUUAUUCCCUUUAAGAUUGUGAAGCAAUUCCUCUAUAGUCUACAAUCAUGGUUUCAACAACUGCGACUGCAAUAAUACUGGCCACCACAGUAGGGCUAGCCACCCAGACUGCUCUGACAGAGUAUAUGUGGCUCCUGAUUGUCGGCUUCAUCAUCGCCUUCAUCUUAGCCUUUUCCGUGGGUGCCAAUGAUGUUGCCAACUCAUUUGGCACAGCCGUGGGCUCUGGAGUGGUCACCUUGCGCCAGGCAUGCAUUCUGGCCACAGUGUUUGAGACUCUGGGCUCUGUGCUUCUUGGGGCCAAAGUGAGCGAAACCAUCCGCAAGGGUAUCAUCGAUGUGGGCAUGUACAAUGGCUCUGAGCACGUGUUGAUGGCUGGAUCCAUCAGUGCCAUGUUUGGAUCUGCUGUGUGGCAGCUGGCCGCCUCCUUCCUUAAGCUCCCCAUUUCUGGAACACACUGCAUUGUUGGUGCUACUAUUGGCUUCUCGCUGGUUGCCAGAGGCCAGGAGGGAGUCAAGUGGUUAGAACUCCUCCGUAUCGUUGCUUCCUGGUUCCUGAGUCCCCUUUUGUCUGGAAUAAUGUCAGGCAUUGUUUUCUACUUUGUGCGCGUAUUCAUCUUACACAAGAAAGACCCUGUGCCUAAUGGAUUGAGGGCCCUGCCUGUUUUUUAUGCCGUGACUAUGGGAAUCAACCUGUUCUCCAUCAUGUUCACUGGAGCUCCGUUGCUGGGAUUUGACCAGAUCCCUUGGUGGGGCAUACUGCUCAUCUCGUUGGGCUUCUCUCUGCUGACCGCCAUUGUGGUCUGGUUUGUUGUCUGCCCUCGUCUCAAGAAGAAGAUUGCACGAGAUAUCAAGUCUUCCAGCCCCUCUGAGAGCCCACUGAUGGAGAAGAGGGAGCUGAGAGAGGCCCACUGUCCAAUCCUAAAACAGACGUCUACGCCUGCCAACCCAGAUGUCAAUCCAAGCCCCUCUGCUCAGCCCCAGGAAGCCCCCGAGGAGCGCAGGGUGGCGUUUGACAUUGGAGAUUCUGACGAUGUCGACAAUAAUAAGGAACGCAAGGUCGCGUUUGACAUUGGAGAUUCUGAUGAGACAGACUACAGUAUUACAAAUGGUGCCCCCAAACAGGUUGAAUCAAACAGUCAGGUCCAGGUCAACAACCAGCAAGUCCAGCACAGCAAUGGCUCGACAAAUAGUCCCAAUCAGGUCCAGUUCAACAACCACGCUCAGUUCAACAACAGGCCAGCACAGAUUCCAAGUAACGGUUACAGCCAGUACCACACAGUCCACAAGGACUCUGGCCUCUACAAGGACCUACUGCACAAGCUCCACCUGGCCAAGGUUGGUGACUGCAUGGGCGAGGGGGGUGACCGACCUAUCCGACGCAACAACAGCUACACCUCCUACACCAUGGCCAUCAUCGGCAUGCAUGGAGACUACAAGCACAAAGAAGGGGAAUUCCGUGCCAGCGAAGAUGGCGACAAGGGUCCAGGGUCAGGUGGUCAGGACAGGAAGCGCGUGCGUAUGGACAGUUACACUAGCUACUGCAAUGCUGUAGCAGAGCACACGACUCCUGAAGCUCUGGGAGAGGGUGAUGUGACACUAGAAAUGGGGAAGGAGGAUGCAGGUAGCAGUCAAAGCUCUCUGGAUGAUGAUGGGCUUGAGGCAGACAAGCCAGAAGUCUCAACUCUCUUCCAGUUCCUCCAAAUUCUCACCGCAUGCUUCGGAUCCUUUGCCCAUGGAGGAAACGACGUUAGUAAUGCCAUUGGACCAUUGGUAGCUCUGUGGCUGGUUUACACAACUAGCAGUGUGACUUCAAAUGAACCCACACCCAUUUGGUUGCUGCUGUAUGGUGGCGUUGGCAUCUGCGCUGGACUCUGGGUGUGGGGUCGCAGAGUGAUCCAGACUAUGGGCAAGGACCUUACCCCCAUCACCCCCUCAAGUGGUUUCAGCAUCGAACUGGCCUCAGCCCUGACUGUCGUGGUAGCCUCUAACAUUGGCCUGCCUGUCUCCACCACCCACUGCAAGGUGGGCUCUGUGGUUGCUGUAGGGUGGCUGCGCUCAAAGAAGGCAGUAGACUGGCGUCUGUUCAGAAACAUCUUCAUGGCAUGGUUUGUGACAGUGCCCAUCUCCGGCCUGAUCAGUGCCGCCAUCAUGGCCAUCUUCAUCUACGGCAUCCUGUGAGCAUUCGGCUGCACCCCAAUCAGGGGGAGGAGAAAGAAGCCGCUCCAGUGCGCACCAGAAGGAAAAGAGUAAAGUUGGAAGGCCAAAAUAUAUCGCUUACCUCAACCAACAACUUUGGAAGAAAAAGGAAAAAAAAAAUAGAAAUGUUUGAAAGGACUUGUGAUAUGGGCCUGUGGUUCUUGGCUGCAUCAUUUUCAACCUAGAAUUUGCUGUUUGUUCCAGUUGGGCCACAUUACUUCCAGUGGGAAGCUUGCAUUUCUUUGUUCUGACUUGCUUUUUCAUAUCGCAUCAUUCUGCAAAGAGUUAAUCUAAAAGCAAAAACAGGUUGUUUUUUUUUUUCUAAUACUUCCUUUUUUUUUUACUUUGCAAUUAUGUAUAUACAACAAUGCUCUGUUUUAAUCUUGUUUUACAUGUUAGAAAGAAAUGAACAAUUAAAAUGCAGUAUUAGCCUUUUGCAGAUGUAACUCUCCAGUCAUAACACAUGCUGAAAGUAACGUAGACACAAAAGGUGUAUUUUUAGGUGAAAAACAAGGUUAUUGAUGUGAUGUAUUGCGUGUUUGUUUGUUUUUUCCCCAAUUCAAAGUAUUUGUUAAUGAAUUCAUACUUUACAUUUGGCUUCCUUGUAUCCCCUAAACUAGGACAUUUGUUUUUCCUCUCGUUAUAGAACAAAAUUUACUUUAACUGUAAAUUCAGAGAGGUUGGUGACUGUUUCCUACCAUACUUAAAAAGUUAUGCGAUCACGUUCACAGCACUGCAGUUUUGUCUUUAUAAUAAUUAUCUGAGUGAUUUGCUAUGGUAGAAGCAUUGUACACACUGGAUGACCACCUGCAGAAUUUUGUGAAAUACUGUAUCAGUAGCAUAAAGUCAGCACACUUCUGGCAGGGAAUGAGAAAGCCCCAAUCGUUUAAGUCAAUGGAUCAUCUGCAAUCCAGUUCUUUCAUCUAAAUCUCCAGAGGCUCUACAUUCUUGAUCAGUGCAGAAAUAACUGCCUGAAAUAACUUGGUUACUUGAAUUUGAGAAAUGUAACAGCAGAAUGUCCACUGAUGCAAAAACAUGCUCUCAAACAAGACCUUAAGUCUCCUGUUAAAACUUGAUUGCAUCAUUCUUGAUGGUUAAAUGCUUUAGGCCUGCGUCAGCCUUGUUUUUAUAGUACACCUUGUAUCCACCACUUCCCAGUAUGGUUUUCUACGGAAUUUGCACCUGCCCAGAUAGUUGGGUUGCUCUAGCUUUCCUCUUUCUCCUUUGGCCAGAGAAGCUGAAUAAGGUUGUAAAUCAGGAGGAACAGGAACCUAAAACUGGAAGUUAUCUAACAAGGUGGUUUUGGUGUUGAGCUGAUCUUGUCUCUCGUUUGAUGGCGGACAUACGUCACAUGCUACCAGUGUGUGUGUGUGUGUGUGUGUGUGGUUACUGGGCUGCAGUACUAAAUGCAUUUCAGACCUAUAGAUGUUGUAGUUGCCUUAAUUGUUUUAUUUUCCCUUAGGUACCAAAGAAAAUAGGUUAUUUUUAGUUUGUUUUUGUUUUUUUAAUGCACGUCAACAUACUUAGUCCAAACGUGGAUAAAAAAAAAAAAACCUGAAAAAUAAAAAUGGGAAAAUA